AAUAGGAGCAGGAGCCCGGCAGCACCCAGAGCAGAGCAGCAGGGACCCGGCACAGCCACAGCCUUCCUGCCACCACCGCGCCAUGGCACUCAUCCUCCUGGGCCCACUUGCUGUGGGGCUGCUAGCCAUCUCCUGCUGCGCAGCCCCUCUCCAGAGCAAGCCACAGAUGGUUGUCACCUUCCCCGGGGAGCUGGUCAGCACCCUGUCGGACCUGGAGCUGGCGGAGAGCUACCUGCUGCGGUUCGGUUACACCACAGAGCGGGAGGCAAGGACAGGCAGCAAACACGUGUCCCUGGCCAAGGCUCUGCGCAAGAUGCAGAAGCAGCUGGGCCUGGAGGAGACAGGAGAGCUGGACGCUGGCACACUGGAGGCCAUGCGAGCACCUCGCUGCGGCGUCCCCGACGUGGGAUCCUUCCUCACCUUUGAGGGGGACCUCAAGUGGGACCACAUGGACCUGACUUACCGGGUGGUGAACUACUCCCCUGACCUGGACCCUGCCGUGAUUGAUGAUGCCUUCAAGCGAGCGUUUAAAGUGUGGAGCGACGUGACUCCCCUCACCUUCACCCAGAUAUACAGCGGCGAGGCAGACAUCAUGAUCAUGUUCGGCAGCCAAGAGCAUGGGGACGGGUACCCCUUUGAUGGCAAGGACGGGCUCUUAGCCCAUGCUUUUCCCCCGGGCCGUGGCAUCCAGGGUGAUGCUCACUUUGAUGAUGAUGAGCUCUGGACACUGGGAACUGGCUUAGUGGUGAAGACCCGCCAUGGGAACGCAAAUGGUGCCAACUGCCACUUCCCCUUCACCUUCGAGGGCCGCUCCUACUCCCGGUGCAUCACGGAGGGGCGCACGGAUGGGCUGCCCUGGUGCGCCACCACCACCAGCUACGACCGGGACAAGAAAUACGGCUUCUGCCCCAGCGAACUUCUCUACACCAACGGAGGCAACAGCAAUGGGUCUCCCUGUGUCUUCCCCUUUGUCUUUGAUGGCACCUCCUACAACACCUGCACCACGGAUGGGCGCUCCGAUGGCUACCGCUGGUGUGCCACCACUGCCAACUUUGACCAGGACAAGAAAUACGGCUUCUGCCCCAACCGAGACACGGCGGUGAUCGGCGGCAACUCCCAGGGGGACCCGUGCGUCUUCCCCUUCACCUUCCUGGGGCAGUCCUACAGCACCUGCACCAGUGAGGGCAGGCAGGACGGCAAACUCUGGUGUGCCACCACCAGCAACUAUGACACUGACAAGAAGUGGGGCUUCUGCCCUGACAGAGGUUACAGCAUCUUCCUGGUGGCUGCCCACGAGUUUGGGCACUCGCUGGGUCUGGAUCACUCCAGUGUGCGUGAGGCUCUGAUGUACCCCAUGUACAGCUAUGUUCAGGACUUUCAGCUGGACCCAGAUGAUGUCCGGGGCAUCCAGUAUCUCUAUGGUCGUGGCUCUGGCCCUGAGCCCACUGCCCCUGCACCUGUGCCCACCAAGGAGCCCCAGCCCAUGCCCACGGAGGCUGGCAGCACCUCCACCACCGAGGAGGAGGAGGAAACACCAGAGCCCACGACUGAGCCCAUUCCUGUGGACCCCAGCUGGGAUGCCUGCAUGGAGAAGAACUUCGACGCUAUCACAGAGAUCAAUGGGGAGCUGCAUUUCUUCAAGGAUGGGAGAUACUGGACCCGCUCAUCCUUCUGGAAGUCAGGCAUCGAGGGUGCCUUCUCCAUUACAGACACCUGGCCUGGCCUCCCGGCUGUCAUCGAUGCCGCUUUCCAGGAUGUGCUCACCAAAAGGGUCUUCUUCUUUGCUGGUCGGCAGUUCUGGGUAUUUUCUGGCAAGAGCGUGCUGGGCCCCCGGGGGAUUGAGAAGCUGGGCAUUGGGAAGGAAGCCGGCCGCAUCUCCGGGGCCCUGCAGCGGGGCCGCGGCAAAGUGCUGCUCUUCAGUGGGGAGAGCUACUGGCGGCUGGACGUGAAGGUCCAGAGGGUGGACAAGGGCUACCCUCGUGCCACCGAAGAUGUCUUUACCGGCGUCCCCCUUGACGCACGCAAUGUCUUCUUCUACCAAGACAAGUAUCACUUCUGCCGGGGCAGCUUCUACUGGAGAAUGACACCACGCUACCAGGUGGACCGGGUGGGCUACAUCAAGUACGACAUCCUGCAGUGUCCCCAGCACUGAGGGCCUGACCAGCUGCCUGGCUCCAGCCGGCACGCUGCUCCCUGCCCACUGCUCCUCACAGCCUGACCCCCGGGGUACCGGGGGCAGCACAGCUGUGGGGCAGCCCCAGUCAAGGUGAGGGCUUUGCCGUCUCCCCCGAAGGAAGGGGCAGGGAGUCUUGGGGUCGCCCCUUGGGAGCCGCCCGGCCCGGGGAGCCCCGGCUGGGGAGCAGGACUCUUGCUGCAGCCGGAAUCGUGCCAUCGCUGGCAGCACCGGCUCCACUGCGCGGAGGCGUUUGCCUGGUGCAAACCACACAUGGAUUUGUAACGACUUUGUCUUUUUCCUGUGCCAGCCGUGCCGGGUCAGGCUGGGCUCUGCUGGGAGCUGGUGCCCAGGGUCUUGGCCAGGGCAGGGGUGUCGGGCUCUGCCUUGCUCCUGCCCGCUGCCUGCUGUGCCAACCUCCAUCUGCCUGUUUUUAAUAAAGACAAUUCUUUGGA